CACAUUGUUUGUGUGUUCCUGUCUCUACAGGUGAUGGCUGUGCCACCCGGGCCUCUACAGCUGCUGGGAAUACUGAUCAUCACUUCCCUGAUCUCCGUCAGGCUCACUCAGGCUGGUGCCUAUUAUGGAAUCAAGCCGCUGCCCCCUCAGAUUCCUCCUCAGAUACCACCACAAAUUCCACAGUACCAGCCCUUGGGCCAGCAAGUACCUCACAUGCCCUUGGGCAAAGAUGGCCUUUCCAUGGGCAAGGAGAUGCCCCACAUGCAGUAUGGCAAAGAGUAUCCACACUUACCCCAAUAUAUGAAGGAAAUCCAACCUGUGCCAAGAAUGGGCAAGGAAGUGGUACCCAAGAAAGGCAAAGGAGAAAUACCCUUAGCCAGUUUGCGAGGAGAACAAGGUCCCCGUGGAGAGCCCGGACCAAGAGGACCACCUGGCCCGCCAGGUCUGCCAGGUCACGGAAUGCCUGGGAUCAAGGGGAAACCCGGGCCCCAGGGAUAUCCAGGAAUUGGAAAGCCGGGUAUGCCAGGAAUGCCUGGGAAGCCAGGAGCCAUGGGAAUGCCAGGGGCAAAAGGCGAAAUUGGACCUAAAGGGGAAAUCGGGCCUAUGGGAAUCCCAGGACCUCAAGGACCUCCAGGACCUCAUGGACUUCCUGGCAUCGGGAAACCGGGUGGGCCAGGGUUACCAGGGCAACCAGGAGCAAAAGGUGAGAGAGGGCCCAAAGGACCACCGGGGCCUCCUGGUCCUCAGGGCCCCAAAGGAGAGAAGGGCUUCGGGAUGCCUGGCUUGCCAGGUCUGAAGGGUCCUCCCGGUAUGCAUGGCCCUCCUGGCCCAGUUGGGCUACCAGGAGUAGGAAAACCAGGAGUGACAGGCUUUCCUGGACCACAGGGUCCCCUGGGGAAGCCAGGGCCUCCAGGGGAACCUGGACCACAAGGCCUUAUUGGUGUGCCUGGAGUUCAAGGACCUCCUGGGGUGCCGGGAGUAGGAAAGCCGGGACAGGAUGGGAUCCCUGGCCAACCAGGAUUUCCAGGCGGUAAAGGGGAGCAAGGACUGCCAGGGUUGCCUGGUCCCCCAGGCCUCCCAGGGGUCGGAAAACCAGGCUUCCCAGGACCCAAAGGGGACCGGGGCAUUGGGGGUGUUCCUGGACCUCUUGGGCCAAGAGGGGAAAAGGGACCAGUAGGUGCUCCUGGAAUGGGGGGUCCCCCAGGAGAGCCAGGCCUACCUGGAAUGCCGGGUCCCAUGGGCCCUCCAGGUGCUAUUGGUUUCCCUGGACCCAAAGGAGAAGGUGGGGUCGUAGGACCACAGGGUCCAACAGGUCCCAAGGGUGAGCCAGGCCUCCAAGGCUUCCCUGGGAAGCCAGGGUUUCUUGGUGAAGUAGGUCCCCCUGGCAUGAGGGGUUUGCCGGGUCCUAUAGGACCCAAGGGAGAAGCUGGUCACAAAGGGUUGCCAGGACUUCCUGGUGUUCCAGGACUGCUCGGACCCAAGGGAGAACCAGGCAUACCCGGGGAUCAAGGUCUCCAGGGACCCCCAGGUAUUCCAGGAAUUGCAGGACCAAGUGGCCCUAUUGGACCACCUGGGAUUCCAGGCCCCAAAGGAGAACCAGGCCUCCCAGGGCCCCCUGGGUUCCCUGGUGUAGGGAAGCCAGGAAUAGCAGGUCUUCACGGUCCCCCGGGAAAACCUGGUGCCCUUGGACCUCAAGGCCAGCCUGGCCUUCCUGGGCCCCCAGGCCCUCCAGGGCCCCCGGGCCCCCCAGCUGUGAUGCCUCCUACACCGCCACCCCAGGGAGAAUAUCUGCCAGAUAUGGGGCUAGGAAUUGAUGGAGUGAAACCUCCACAUGCCUAUGCCGGCAAGAAGGGCAAGAACGGAGGGCCGGCCUAUGAGAUGCCUGCGUUUACUGCCGAGCUGACCGCACCCUUCCCACCGGUGGGGGCCCCAGUGAAGUUUGACAAGAUGCUCUACAACGGUAGACAGAAUUACAAUCCGCAGACUGGCAUCUUCACCUGUGAAGUUCCGGGUGUCUACUACUUUGCUUACCAUGUUCACUGCAAGGGGGGCAACGUGUGGGUUGCUCUCUUCAAGAACAACGAGCCCAUCAUGUACACAUAUGACGAGUACAAGAAGGGCUUUCUGGACCAGGCAUCUGGGAGUGCGGUACUGCUGCUCCGGCCUGGAGACAGGGUGUUCCUCCAAAUGCCCUCAGAACAGGCAGCCGGACUGUACGCCGGGCAAUAUGUCCACUCCUCCUUUUCAGGAUAUUUAUUGUAUCCCAUGUAAAAAGCAAAAAGAAAGAACGAGAGAGAUUUAAUAGAAGAAAAGAAAAUGACACAC